GGUGUUUAUCCGAUAUGACUAGACGAAAAAAGAAGGAUGAAGAAGAGCAACAAGAAGAUAAAGAUGAAAGUUAUUUAUCCAAGAAUAAUGCAAAUACUACUAUAGAGCAAGAAGUACAGUACCUGAAGAAGCUAUUAGAAACAAAGAAUGAAAUAAUUUUAGAUAAAGAGAGGUAUAUCAAUCAAUUAGUUAAUGAGAACAGACGUUUACAGGAGCAUUAUGAAUUGAUCAUUAGCAGUAUAGUGGAUAAAGAAACCAUAAUCACUUCUUUGGGGAAAAUAAAUGAAAGAGUUGAAAAAAUAGAAGCUACUACCUCAUACACUCGUUGUAAUGAUGUAAUUAAAUCAUAUAGUGGAGCUGUAAAAGAGUCAAAAAAAAGCAGAGAUGAGAAGAUUGUAGAUAAAAUUAAUAAUACACAAAAUUUGAUGAUAAAAAGUACGAACAAAUCAAACUCUAAUGUGUUGGAAGAUUUGAAGAAGAGCAUUGAUCCAGCUAAGUCAAAUAUCUGUGUGAACUCUGUGAGGAGGGUGAAUAAUGGCAUCAUUCUUAGCUGCGAAAAUGAAGCAUCAUUGUCCAAGCUGAUGGCGAGUAUACAGGGAGAACUCGGUGCGAACUUCACUGUCAAUGAGAUCAAGAAAUAUCGCCCACGCAUGGUGAUAAAUAAUGUAGAAUGCGCCUACACAAAAUCUGAGGGAUUAAUCGAGAAGAUCUUGUCCCAGAAUGAAUUUGGUAUUUUCAGUAGUGAUGAUAUAAAAACUGUAACCACUUUCAGAUGUUCCGAAUCUACUUUAAAUGUUGUCAUUGAGGUUAGCCCAAAAUUUAGAAAAACGUUGCUAGAUAGAGGUCAUAUAUACAUGGGUUGGCAAAGAUGUCCUGUGCGGGAUUAUGUACGAAUUGUGCGCUGCUAUAAAUAUUCAGGUUUUGGCCACAUGGAAAAAAAUUGCAUACAUUCUAAAGUAUCAUGUCCUUUAUGUGCUGGAGAUCAUUUGGAAAAAAAUUGUAAAUCUGCUUUUAAGAAUUGUUCAAACUGUGUGAAUCACAAUUCUAAAUUCAACACUCAAUUUGAUACUAGUCAUUCUUCUAAAGACUUAGAUUGUCCAACUUAUAAAAAACAUGUUACAUACUUGAAAUCUAGAAUUGAAUAUGAAUAG